AGAUGACUUCGUGUGGCGCUGGGAGGAGUGAGAGGAGGAGGCGGAGGAGGCGACUGCGUUACACGCGGUGCGAGCUGCGUGCGAAGCGCACACGAGACCCGGAGCGGCGUCCUGGAGCCCAAUCCACCCCCAGCACCCCGCGGCACCUCGCUCCGACUGACAAGCAAGGCUCCGAACCAUCCGUUCCCCUCGGCUCACUGUGGGACCCCCCUCUCGUAUCCUCUCGACCUCCCCCGUCUCCCCCCCCCCCCCCCCGCCUCUCAACGUGCGUGGCUUCAUUCAGUGCGGAGACCUUGAGAGAGAGAGAGAGGCCGGUCUCAGCUUCGUCUUCUUCUGCGGCUGUGGCAGCAGCGGCUGAUUUGAAGCUACGCGCUGCUGCGGGAUUCUUUCUUGGGAGAUCCGUCCGUCCCGUGCCUCCGCUUGGCGCUGCGGCUGCGUUUGUUGCUGUUCCUGCUGGAAUAUCGAGUUGCAUGGACGGUGGCGCGAGAUUGCGGCGUGCGCGGGGUGGAGCUGUGUGAAGGAGAGAAUCCGAGGCCAAGGGUAGUAGAGUCGAGAGACAGAGAGAGGAGGAGUGGACUCGCGACUGCCGAGGGCUUGAAACGCUCGCUCAGUGUGCGCCACAGCACAGCCCCUCACUCCACCACCUCGUCGUCGUCGUCAGCAAUCUCAUCGUCAGUCGAACAUCCUCCCCCUGCCACGGCCGACGGACCACGCGCGCUUCCUGUGCCCGACCACCUGUUGGACUCUGCACGCCGCCCAGGUGCCGCCACCGUUGGAAUUCCGUCGGUGGGCGACACGGGGAAGACGCGCGAGGCUCCCCGGUCCCGCGCCCCCACAAAGCUUCAGCGGAGGAGAGAGAGAGAGAGAGGGCUCCGUUGGCCGUAGUUCAGUUGCCGUCGGCGGGAGCUGUUGUUGUUGUUGCUGGUGGUUGGUGGUGAUGGCGGAAAUGAUGCGGUGUGGAUGUACGAGCCGGCACCUCCUGCUGCUCGCCUUCCUCCUCUUCUCGUCGGCGUGGCCCUCCUCCUCCUCCUCGUCGUCGAGCGGAGGCGCCCACGCCUGCCCGAGUGUGUGCAGCUGCGCUGGCACCACCGUGGACUGCCACGGCCUGGGGCUGCGCGUCGUGCCCAAGGGGAUACCCAGGAACGCCGAGCGACUAGAUUUGAACGCCAACAACAUCACGAGGCUUGGCAAGACGGACUUCGCGGGUUUAAGGAACCUCCGUGUUUUGCACCUGAUGGAAAAUCAAAUCACGACCAUCGAGAGGGGCUCAUUCAACGACCUGAAGGAGCUGGACAGACUGCGUUUGAACCGGAAUCGGCUUCAGGUUCUGCCGGAGCUCCUCUUCCUGGGCAUGGACAAGCUCAACCGACUGGACCUGAGUGAGAAUGCAAUCCGAGGAAUCCCAAGGAAAGGCUUCCGAGGCAUCCCAGAGGUCAAGAACCUGCAUCUGGAUAACAACCAGAUCAGCUGCAUCGAAGAUGGGGCGUUCCGAGCGCUGCGAGACCUGGAAGUGCUCACCCUCAACAACAAUAACGUCACGGCGCUCUCCGUGGAGAGCUUCAACAGCAUGCCCAAGCUGCGCACCUUCCGCCUGCACUCAAACAACCUGCACUGCGACUGCCGCCUCUCCUGGCUCUCUGAUUGGCUGCGUCUCAGGCCGCGCCUGGGCCUCUUCACCCAGUGCAUGGGCCCCGUACACCUCCGCGGCCUCAACGUCGCUGAGGUUCAGAAAAAGGAGUUCACCUGCGCCGACUACUCGCGGGGCCAGUCGUGCAGUGCGUUCGGCAGCUCGUGCCCGUCCGUGUGCACGUGCAGCAACAACGUGGUCGACUGCCGUGGCAAGAGCCUCUCCAGCAUCCCCCACAAUCUGCCCAACGCCAUCACCGAGCUGCGCCUGGAACAGAACUCCAUCAAGAUGAUCCCUCCCGGAGCCUUCAGCCCCUACAAGAAACUGCGCAGGAUAGAUUUGAGCAACAACCAGAUCACUGAGAUCGCGGCCGACGCCUUCCAGGGCCUGCGGUUCCUCAACUCCCUGGUCCUGUACGGGAACAAGAUCACCGACCUGCCGAAGGGCCUGUUCAGCGGACUCUACUCCCUCCAGCUCCUGCUUCUCAACGCCAACAAGAUCACGUGCAUCCGCGUCGACGCCUUCCAGGACCUGCAGAACCUGCAGCUGCUCUCGCUCUAUGACAACAAGCUGCAGACAAUGGGCAAGGGCACGUUCACGCCUCUCCGCCAGGUCAAAACGCUCCACCUGGCCCAGAACCCCUUCAUCUGCGACUGCCACCUCAAGUGGCUGGCCGACUACCUCCACGCCAACCCGAUCGAGACGAGCGGCGCCCGCUGCGCCAGCCCGCGCCGCCUCGCCAACAAGCGCAUCGGUCAGAUCAAGAGCAAGAAGCUGCGCUGCUCCGGCACAGAGGACCACAGGGGCAAGCCCGGCGGGGAGUGCUUCAUGGACAUGAUGUGCCCUGACAAGUGCCGCUGCGACGGCACCGUGGUCGACUGCUCCAACCAGAAGCUGGCGCGCAUCCCCGCGCACAUCCCGCAGUACGCCACCGAGCUCCGGCUGAACAACAACGAGCUCAGCGUGCUGGAGGCGACGGGAAUCUUCAAGAAGCUGCCGCAUCUGCAGCGCAUAAACCUGAGCAAUAACAAGAUCGCCGACAUCGAGGCGGGCGCCUUCGAGGGCGCCGCAGGCGUCAACGAGCUGCAGCUGAGCGCCAACCGCCUGGAGAACGUGAACGGGGCUAUGUUCCGUGGCCUGCAGCACCUCAAGACGCUGAUGCUGCGCACCAACAAGUUGACCUGCAUCAACAACGAGUCGUUCACGGGCCUGGGCUCCGUGCGCCUCCUCUCGCUCUAUGACAACCAGAUCACGACCAUCUCCCUGGGGGCCUUCGGAACGCUUCACUCCCUGUCCACGCUCAACCUCCUUGCCAACCCCUUCAACUGCAACUGCCACCUGGCGUGGCUGGGUGAGUGGCUGCGGCGGCGGCGCAUCGUGACGGGGAACCCGCGCUGCCAGAAGCCGUACUUCCUCAAGGAGAUCCCCGUGCUCGACGUCGCCGCCCAGGACUUCUCGUGCGACGGCAACGAGGAGAACAGCUGUGCCCCGGCGGUGCGCUGCCCCGCGGAGUGUACCUGCCUGGACACGGUGGUGCGGUGCAGCAACCACGACCUCAACGCCCUGCCCAAGGGCAUCCCGCGCGACCUCACUGAGAUAUACCUUGAUGGGAACCAGCUGACCAUGGUCCCUCGGGAGCUGGCCAACUUCAAGAACCUGAAACUCAUAGACCUGAGUAACAACAGGAUCAGCACCAUCGCCAACUUCUCAUUCGCCAACAUGAGUCAGCUGUCUACCCUGAUUCUUAGCUUUAACCGGCUGAGGUGCGUUCCGCAAAAGGCUUUCAUGGGGCUCAAGUCACUCCGAGUACUAUCCCUGCAUGGGAACGACAUCUCCAUGGUGCCGGAUGGAGCCUUUGGCGACCUGACCUCGCUCUCACACCUGGCCCUCGGCGCCAACCCGCUGUACUGCGACUGCGCCCUGCGCUGGCUCUCCGACUGGGUAAAGGUGGGGUACAAGGAGCCGGGGAUCGCUCAGUGCAUCGGCCCCAGCGAGAUGGAGGGCAAGCUCUUGCUCACGACGCCCUCCAAGCUCUUCGUCUGCCAAGGGCCUCCACCGGACGUGGCCAUCCUGGCCAAGUGCAGCCCGUGCCUGUCGGAGCCCUGCAAGAACAAGGGCAUGUGCAGCGCGGACCCCGUCGACUACUACCGCUGCACCUGCCCCUACGGAUACAAGGGUCAAGACUGCGACACGCCGAUCAACGCGUGCGUCACCGGACCCUGUCACAACGGGGGCACCUGCAACCUGCAGGACGGGCGAGACGACCGAUUCUGGUGCGCUUGUGCCGACGGCUUUGAGGGAGACCGGUGCGAGGUGAACAUCGACGACUGCGAAGACAACGACUGUGAGAACAACUCCACCUGUGUGGACGGCAUCAACAACUACACCUGCCUGUGCACGCACGAGUACACAGACAUAAAUGAGGUGGAGGAAGGUGACCUCUGUGAAGACCGCGUGAACUUCUGCACGCCCGAAUUGAACCCGUGCCAGCACGACUCCAAGUGCAUCAUGACGCUUAAGGGAUACAAGUGCGAGUGCGCUCCGGGCUACGUGGGUGACCACUGCGAGGUCGACUAUGACGACUGUCAGGGCAGCAAGUGCCAGAACGGUGCACCCUGUGUGGACGCCGUCAACGGCUACACCUGCAACUGCCCGCAAGCCUACAGCGGCCUGUUCUGCGAGGUGCCCCCGAUGGUGCUGCCACGCGCCAGCGUGUGCCUGGAGCACGACUGCCAGAACGGCGCCGAGUGCAUCGAGCAGCACGCGUCGCCCGUGUGCCAGUGCCUGCCGGGCUUCGAGGGCGAGCGCUGCGAGAAGCUCGUGAGCGUCAACUUCGUGCAGCGCGACGCCUACCUGCAGCUGCCCUCGCCGCGCAACCGCCUGCACACCAACAUCAGCCUGCAGGUGGCGACGGAUGAGGAUAACGGGAUGCUGCUGUACAACGGGGAGGGAGACCACGUGGCCGUGGAGCUGUACAGGGGCCGCGUGCGAGUGACCUACGACGGGGGCAGCUCCCCCACCAGCACGCUGUACAGCCUGGAGACGAUAAACGAUGGGCAGUUCCACACGGUGGAGCUGGUGACGCUGGAGCAGAGCCUGAAGCUGUCGGUGGACGGAGGAGUCCCCAAGAGCAUCCCUGGGGCCACCAAGCCGUCGCCCAUCGCCAUGCACAGCCCCCUCUACUUGGGCGGCAUGCCCAACGACAUCGCGGUGGCGGCCCUCAUGCAGUCGGCGGUGCACAACGGCACCGGCAGCUUCCGCGGCUGCCUGCGUCGCCUCUACAUCAACAGCGAGCUGCAGGACCUGGGCGAGGGGCGCGCCGGGGGCAGCGGGGGCGGCGUGCUGCCUGGCUGCCAGGCGUGCCAGCGCGCCGCCUGCCAGCACGGCACGUGCCGCCCGUCCGAGGCGCACCCGCUGGGCUACGUGUGCGACUGCCAGCCCGGCUGGGCGAGCGAGCGGUGCGACCGGCGCAUUUCGGAGCCCUGCGCGGGACACAAGUGCGUGCACGGGACGUGCGUGCCCACCGACGCUCACUCCUACAGCUGCCGCUGCGAGCCGGGCUACUCCGGGGUCCUGUGCUCGCAGGCCGACCCCGAAGAGGGCGGCGGCGGCGUCGCCGGGGUCGCGGGGGACGAGUUGCACAACCCGUGCCGCGCGCUGCGCUGCAAGCACGGCCGCUGCCGCCUCUCCCCGCCCGGCAAGCCGGUCUGCGAGUGUGCCAGCGGCUACACGGGCGAGCACUGCGACCGAGAGAGCCCUUGCAAGGAGGAGCGAGUCCGAGACUACAUCCAGAAGCAGCGGGGCUACGCAGCCUGCCGCUCCGAACGCAAGGUCGGGCGAAUAGAGUGCCGCGGGGCUUGCACGGGUGCCACCGGCGGCACGCGCUGUUGCAGCGCGCUGCGCGUCAAGCGCCAGAAGUACGCCUUCCACUGCUCCGACGGCUCCUCCUUCCUCGACGAGGUCGAGAGGGUCCUCAAGUGCGGCUGCGCGCCGUGCGGGGGGGCGUAGGUGCCGGGCGCCGAGCGAUCCACGCGUGCCCCCGCCCCCACCCCUCCCCACCCCCUUGUUCGUCAUCGCCUCCCCUGCUUCCGCUCGACUCCCACACCCCCCACCGGCCCCGUGCGUCACCCGCCACCUGCCCGGUCGCCCGCCUGCCGCCACCGAUCUGACCCCCGUGACCCCCACGUGUGACCCAGCUGUACCGGCGCAGAGAAGUCCGGUCGAGAUUGUGACGCCCGCUCGCCCGUCCGCGGGUCCGUCCGUCCUGGGAGCCCGACGAUGCCACGCACGCCCCCACCCCCCCCACCCGCCACCCCCCAACGGGAGCCACGGGGAGGAUCUGCCAUCGCCGGUUUUUGUCGUGCUGUUCCUCGUCGUCAGCCUCGUCCCUGCGCCUCCCCGCACCCGACCCUGCCUCUCAAACCCUUCCUUCGUCGUUUGUGUCAUAGAAAUAUAUAUUUUAAAUUGUAUUGUGAGAUUAUUUUUUAAGGACUUGUUCUCAGUAUGGUAGUCGCAUAGCAAAAAAGCAAACGGCAGCAGCGGCGUCAGCAGCGGCGGCGGCGGCGGCGGUAAAGAGGAGUGCUGUGAUGACGACCCUCGUGGCAGAAGGCAGUGAAAUUUUGAGACAGCAGGUGUUUCCUCGACAUGUCAAAUAUAAUUUUAACGGUUGGCUCAAUAAUAUAAUUAAUAACAUUAAUAAUAAUAACACGGUUAAGAGUACGAACAGGAAAGGAAUAAAUGCUUGGAAAUGUUCAUCAAUUUUUUUUGUAAUUUUUUUUUGGUUUGCCCCCACCCACCCACCCGCCCGCCCGCCCGCCCGCCCGCCUGCCCCACCAACCCCGUUCCUCCUGCUUCAAGAUGUCGUCGUUUCGUGACGUCCUUUCACAUCGAAGUGUUUUGGCGUUUUGAGCAUCUCGGGCCCUGGGGGCGUGCGUAUCGGAGGGGGGGGGGGAUGUGUGUCGUUGUCCUUGAGUCGCGUGUGCCGUAGUUUCUUUCCUCGAUGUCGGCCCGACCACCGUGCGCUGUUUAGCUGCUGCCUCGCUGGCGGUGAGGACAUUGGGCCCUGUGGAAGCGAAGCGGGGGGGGGGAGGGAGGUAAGGUGGGGGGGGGGGGGACCCAGGCAGUCACAGGCGAGCAUUCUCAACGAUUGUGGGGGGUGGAUUUGAUGUGGGGUGAGGUGGGGAGUUCGUUUAAUUUUACAUGUACGACAUUUUAUUUCAUGUUAACAUUUUGGCUAUUAAAGUCAAAUCGUUGCAUUAAACAUGCAUUAAUAAUGCAGUAAGAACAAAUUACCAAGGAAAGUUCUGGUUUGUUGCCAAAAUUACGUUAAAUGGCAUUUGAGUCGCUGAGGCAGUGAGGCUCCUGGAUGACGGCUUUCCUGCUGCGUUUGUUGAAGCAGGAAAACCAUGGCUCGGGUUUAAACUUUCUGGGUCUCAUCAGCAUGCUGUGGCUUUUUGAGCGUGUUGCUGGAAAACGGUGGUCCUUGAGCCAUUGGUUCACAAGGCUAAUUGGUUGGCAGACUUGAAUUGUAUUUCAUAAUAAAGAGAGACACAUUAUUACAUGGCAUUAAUAUUUUGAUAUGGAAGUGGAAAUUGUUAAUUCAACCCACAAAGAAUUAUAAAAUAGAAGGAAACUUCCCCCGAUGCAUAUAUUAUCACUGCCUUAAAACAUAAAACGUAUUAUAAUGGGCUAAUAUUUCAUGACAUGAUACUCCUUCAGGGUUCCCGAGAGGCCCUUAAAAGCUUUGAAGAAGGUUGACCUGAACAGUUUAAAAGUCAGAUUUAUGAACAAUGUAACUGAUCGUAGAUCUAGAGCAGCACCACCACGUUUCGUUGAAGAUAUUUUUUUGAGAAAAAAAAAUCUCCAUGUCAAUUGCGGACUGCUCACAUCAACUUUCUUCACAGUUUUUUUAAUUUUUAAUAUAUGCGACACCGCCGUGUAAAGCGUGAUCUCCAGCGCCAGGUUAGACCAGGGGUCGGCAACCAAAAUAACAACAAGGGGCAUCUUUCGAAUUUGGUAAAACGUUCAGUAUUUCAAGAGCCGCCGCAGUGAAUACGAGAGACGGUGGUGCUCCUUAACGAAUGACGUCACGAAGCAGCUCCAGAAGAGGAGUCGCACGCGGCCAGUGCCGGAUUAAGCUAGUGCGGGGCCUGUAGCAUAUGAUGUUAUAAAGGGGCCCUAAAUUUUUUUAAAAAACACAAAUAUUAAAACACAAAUUUUUUACUUGUAUAGUAAAGUAAAUGUACGUUUUAUUUUGCUAUACAGCCAGAUAAUACGACAAAUCGCUAACCUUAAACACCCAGUCGUUUAUAAAAGUUGAAGGCGGUAUAGUACUAUAGUAAUAGAGCAAGCACAGAAUCACUGAACCGGAAUUGAUAGCUUGAAAGCAUUUAGUGCGGGGACCUUGAAAGUGCGGGGCCCGUAGCUACUACAUAUGUAGCUACUACAUAGCAUAUGAUGUUAUAAAUGGUGUAGCUGCUACACCAUGUAGCUGCUGCACCAUGUGUAGCAGCAACAUGUGUAGCCACUUUUGCCAUGAGGAUAAUCCGGCAGUGCGUGCGGCUCCAGAGCCGCAGGUUGCCGACCCCCGGCUUAGACGAUGCCUGCCAAGCCUCAGCUCUGAAGAAGGGCCAACCCUUUUCGAUGUUUGUCUGUGCUAAGGCGGUGUUCGUGUCGAAUGCGGUGGGGCCUCUGAUGUGCGUACCGCUGCCAAAGCAGUUGCCGAUUAUUCAAAAAUGCAAUGCGGAUAAUUGACCCCCCCCGGAAAGCCUCAUUGGGCCUCGAGACUCUCUGUCGAGAGGGUUCCGCUCGCUGUUUUUUGGGGAUGUUUGGCCAAAUCCGUCCCACGAGUGUGCGUGCAUUCGUGCGGGAGGAAACUUCAGAACCCGCGACGAACCCCCCCAGCAGCUCCCCACACUCAGGGGGUGACACUCGGCAGCGUCACACCAUCGCCUGGUCACAGCCCGAAGAGCCGCGCCGAGAACAUCAUCCGGCAAGCCCCUGGGCUGGUGCACACCAAAUCUAAAGCAGCUCGCCCAGGCUCGGAUCUGUGCCGAGCUUUACAAAACCCCCCGUUGGGGUUGGGUGCACGGCAGGGUGGCUGAGUUCGUUGCGUUUGAAAAUGAAGAAAUGCUCUCGCAUGUAGGGGGCUGCCUGCUGGUCGGUCCACAGGGUUCCCAAAGGGUUAUCCUCUGCGCCAGCGACGAUCUGCAUUCAUAUCCUCGACAUGCUUACAGUUGUACCAUAGGUUAAAGAAGUAACACUGUUUUCAGUAUUAAUUUUGUAAUAUAUAUUUUUUGGGGGAAUUAAAUGUUGUUAGAGAUAAUUAACAAAAAAAUAUCAAAAUACACGAACAAAAAAAAACAAAAAAAAGAAAAUACUUAACCUUUGUUAUCGUCGACGAUAUUUGAUAUAAUUGCUCUAUAUUGUUGGGGAAAAUAUACAGUACAUGAGUUCAGUAUUCAGAAUAUUAUUACGUGCUAAACAAAAAAAUAUUUAUUUACAGUAACUGCUUGUAUCUAACUGUGCUAAUCCUUCUUCUACUCUGGACCAUUUGCCUUGUGUUGUAAAAUAUAAUUUAUUUCAUGUCCGUAUUGUUUUAGUCUGGCUAGUGCCGUAUUUAGGACAUUUGGGAUUAACUAACACAGUGCAUGGACCUCAUUAAAUUUCCUUCUUUCCUUA